AUGGUGGUGUACCAUGAGGAUGUGGAGGAGGUGGAUAGGGUUAUUGGUGAAAUUGAGCGUGGUAUAGAGGAUAGGAGAAAGCAGAAAGGGAAAAAUGUGGCUUUCCAGGAGCAGGCUUCUCGAAAAGCGUUGAAGAAGAAAGCUGCCAGAUUGGCCUUAGGGAAGAUUUUGAGGGAGAACAACCCUGAGAUAGUUUGUAUCGCAGUGCCAAUGAUGGAGCUACAGAAACUUCCCAGGUUGUUCUUUAAUAAGAAUGGCUUCAACGUGGAUUUUAUCCAUAAUGAGAGACUUGAAAAAGUCCCAAAUCUAUGGGUGGUGUGGAGGCGAGGUUGGGACAAACUACAUCAAAUUGCAGUUGGCAUUGCUCAGGAAUUAGAGUAUUUACAUGGUGGUUGCAAUACUCAUAUUCUACAUUCAGACAUUAAACCUCAUAACAUUCUUCUAGAAGAAGAUUUUUGUCCAAAGAUAUCCAACUGUGGUCUUGCCAAACUAUGUUCUAGAAAAGAUAGCAUCGUAUCAAUGGCAAUUGCUAGAGGGAGAGUAGGAUAUAUUGAACCAAAAGUAUUCUCACAGAACUUUGGAGCAGUUUCACACAAGUCGGAUGUCUAUAACUAUGGAAUGAUGGUACUAGAAAUGAUUAAAGGAAGAAGAAAGAGCAAGAAAUAUGGUUUUAGUGGGUUUAUGGUGCAUGCUGUUGGAUCUAGUAAAUCGACCACUAGUGAGCACAGUGGUGGAUAUGUUGAAAGGAAACGUUGA